UGUUCAAUGUAGUUUACUGAGUUUAAUAAAUUAACAAGUACAAGAUCACUAGAUUAUGAAAUAUACAGACAGAUGACAUUCCAAAAGACAGUAAGCUAGGUUUUAAUUAAAAUUACCUCCUAGCAAAUAACUUUAGUCAUAUAUUAGGUAUUGAAACCCCCAAAUUGCUUACAGAGAAUUAAACUAUUAAGGUUAUGAAAUAAAACACCCGUUAUAAAUGAAUAAUUUGCUUCUGUUACAGCUAUUCUGCUCUGUAUUUGUCUGAAAUAGUUCUUCAUUUCGGGUAAUGGAACGAUUUCGCAUGACUAUUAUCGUAGAAUGACUAUUGUAAGAUGGUGCAACAACCAUAACAUUUAACCUAAAGCUGUGUAAGCUUUUUGCAUUAUAGCGGGGGAAAAGUCAACAGUAAAUGAGAUCACUGGGAGUUGAUUAUUCAAAUUUAGAGGCCUGCGAUUGGCGGAAAGUUUAUCUAGCCGCCUAAUUCUGACCAAUGAGAUCUCCAUUCGUUGAGCGAAAGCACCCAAUAGAAAUACAAUGCAGUCACUCGGCUUGGCACGAGCUUUCAAUAAAUACCCCUUACAGUGAACAGAACCUCACUCGGUUUCGCACUCUGAAAUCUUCAUCAUGCCUGAGCCAGCAAAGCCCGCGCCCAAGAAGGGAUCUAAGAAAGCGGUCACUAAGACCGCCGGUAAAGGAGGAAAGAAGCGCAAGAGGACCAGGAAGGAAAGCUACGCUAUCUACGUCUACAAGGUGUUGAAGCAGGUUCAUCCCGACACCGGUAUCUCCUCCAAGGCGAUGGGCAUCAUGAACUCGUUCGUCAACGACAUCUUCGAGCGCAUCGCCGGUGAGGCUUCUCGUCUCGCUCACUACAACAAGCGCUCCACCAUCACUUCCAGAGAGAUCCAGACCGCCGUGCGUCUGCUGCUGCCCGGUGAGCUGGCCAAACACGCCGUGUCUGAGGGCACCAAGGCUGUCACUAAAUACACCAGCUCCAAGUAAAGCGCUGACUCUCCAUCAGCUACCCCAAAGGCUCUUUUAAGAGCCACCCAUUAUAUCGACUAAAGAGCUUUUUUUGUGUAUUAAGAGUAAUUAGUUACACUUUUAUCGAGGCAAAGAAUACGUCUCUGACUUAAAUGAAAAAUAAGUUUUGAUUUCAAUGUUUUAUGUUCAAUGCGUGAAAGUUAACUCAAAUUUCUUUAAAUGCUUUCAACUUUUACUUCUUCUGCUGGAAGAUGAAUAUUUAAGUGCACGACAGAGUAAACCAUUAAUCAAACUAAAUGUUAUAAAACAAGCAUAUUCCUAGACAGGCCUAUAACCCUA